AUGUAUAGCAAAUAUAUAUUUCAGGUUGCUAUUCCUAUAAAACCCUUUAUAAAUAAAGAAUGGUAAAUUUUGGAUAUAACAACUCUAUCGAUUUAGUUCAAGAAACCAUAACUAUCAUUUCACCUAUUGAAACUCCUAUUAAUAAAAAAAUUACACAUAAAAUUUAAUUGGAUUUUUUAUAGAAUGGUAUUUCAAAAAGAAAUCUUUGAAACAACUCUUUAUUUUCAAUUUCUACAAAUAAUUUAUGCCAUUAAUUUUAAUAUUGCAAGUUAUGGAACUUCAGGAUUUGGUUAAUAACAUAAAUAUUAUUAACUUUUUUAGUAUAGACUAUUAAAACAUGUUGAUUAAUAUGGAUAAUUAAUUCGUUCCAUCAAUAAUAUCGUUUAAACUAUCUAAAAUAAGAUAAGGAAUAUUUUCAUUAAUUUUUUUAUCUGGAAAUCUUGGGAGUAACUACAUGAUUUACUUAAUAAUAUGAAUACAAAUCUAGAUAUUAGAGAUGAUUAAGAAAAGGAGUUAUUAUUCAUCUUAUAAAAGAAAUCGAAAAUUCAACUACUAUAUAAAAAUUGAUUUAACUUAUUCACAUUGCUAAAAAAAUAAAAUCUCUUAAAAAAAUACGAAAUACUCAUAUUCUCAUUUUUUAUUCAAGAUCAUCCACAAGCAUGGUGACUAAAAUUAUUUUUGCUAGUUUGGGAUCGAUUGAAAUGGGUAUCUUUUACAAAAAAAAGAAAAAAAAUAUCCAUCAUUUAUUCUUUAUAGAAAUAGCAAAUUAAUUAGAUUUUUCAAAGAAUAUCUAGAAAGCAAUUCUAAAAAACUCACUAUUUCAUGUGCAAGUUUUGCUAUUCUUGAUUAUGAAGAUACUUUUCAAACAUUUAACUAUAUUGAAUAUAAUUAAAUGGCUAAAAAGAUUAAUAUCUAAACUUCUAUUAAAAAUUUUUCUUAAAAUAAACAAUAAUUAAUCUUAGAAUAAACUAAUCAUGAUUGACUUACUUAAGAUGAAGAAUUAAAAAAUUAACUUAAUAAAUAAGUUUUAAAUUAAUUCAAAAUUAAAACAUUUUAUUAUUCAAUAUUUCAACAGAGAAUCUUAAACUUAUAAAGAUAUUUAAAUUACAAUAAGAAUAAAUCACUAUAAAAACUAAAAUCCUUAGAACAAAUUGAUCAAUAGAAAGAAAAAAGUAUCUUUCGUUAAGAAAUGA